GAAUGUUUGUUGAACAAAAUGUGUAUAAUUUCUAAGGAGUCCAUGCAAAAUUAUACCAAAAUACGGUGUCAUUCCUGGAAGGUUAAAUCUUCUACUUAAAUUGAUCUUUCAUGCACAUUGUUCUUCAGGCUUUGGCCAAAAAUGCAAAUACAAUUUUUCGUUUAUAUUAAUUUGUAACUUAUUUUAAAAGCCUAAAACAAUGGAUUCAUCAACUUCCAUUUCUUUGAAAGAUAAAUUAUCCAACCACAAACCUACACUACAGCACACCAGAAUUCUGGCAAUGGAAUCUUUUAUUCAACUUCUCAUUCUACUGGGUCAUCCCAUAUGAGCAAGUAAAUUAAACUUGGAAGUGGCUCAGCAUCUCCGAAGGAACCUCCAAAGGUUCGAAACAAUGUUGUGCAACUUGCAGCUGGUGGCGUGUUUCUCAACUCACCAAUAGACAUCUGAUCAUUCUCCCCAAAGGCCCGAAACAGGCUCAAUGUGUGUUGUUUUACGAAAGUAUGUUACUUCUUCUCACCAUACCAGUUGUGACGAUAUGCACAAAAAAGAAAAAUAAAUUGGAAAAGGAGUACCUCUACGACAAAGUUCCAUCUCGUUGCUCGAUUCCGUCCUUACGUAAAUGUGACAUUAUGGAUAGGAUUUUGAGAAGCAUGGAGAAGAAAAACCAUUUCUCCAUGCUUCACCACUUCCAGAUGAAAGGGCUCCACUUUGAGACACAGGUUAGCUUUGUAGCUUUGCGGAAGUUUGUGGCUUCUGCGUACGAAAGUAAACAACCUUGCCAUCCAGCCGCCCAGGACUCCCUUUGUGCAAAGAGAACUGUGCACGAGAGCCACAAACCCUGAACUUCGACGAACUACCGGACGGUCAAACAAUCCGACGCUUACCAUCAAGGGAUAUUAUCAAACAAAGCCGACAGCAACGGCAUAACAUGACACGAGAAGCGACGCAAGGACACCAUCCCGUGAGGGAUUCUUGUUUGCAUGUUGGCAAUCUUCACAGCGAAGGACAUCAACAAGAUGGGAAGGUUUGAAUACGGAAUGUGAACGGUGGGUAUGGAUUAUUUACAUAGUGCCAGUGCCAGUGGCGAAAGGAGAUCCCUUGGUAAGGAUAUUCCAGAGCUGGCGGCAACACUUCAGGAAUUGAUGUAUCCUUUGCUUAACCCCGUACGAGUAUCGCUUUCUUGAGAUGGGAUUGAAAAAGGGAGCCAGUCGGAGGAGGGAAUAUUGCGGAAGCUUUCCAUCAGUGGAAAAUUCCUGCCUCACCUUGGGUUAGCGCCUGGCACGCCUUGCAAACCACAUGCCGACCAAGUGCCAGGAAAAGCAACCCCACAAGAACUGCCGAAUGAUGCGAAAUCUGAUUAUUCAAAUGACAUUGACACGAUGCUGUCUCACGGUUUUGCCAACCUGCAAGCAAUCGUUUCGGUCCGCUCAGCUGACAAUCGACACUUUGCUGCUGAAGGUGUCACUCAAGUCAAGGGAAGGAUAACAGCUACGAAUGGAAAAGAAGUCGAAAUCGUAAAUUCUGAUUUUCCGAUGACAUUGACACUAAGCGACUUGCGCUUCCAUGGUGUGUGUAAAACGAAACCUACAUGCUCGCCACUCGGAUAUGUAUUAUAAGGUGUUUUUUCUUACUUUUGACGCACGUAAAAAAAAACACUCACACCCACACAGAUCUAUUUCAGUACAAGUGAAAAUCGACCAAAGCUUCGUGCACGUGAAUGGUUUGUUUGUACGUGAAAGAUGAUAUAAAUUACAUUUAAUCCCUAGCAUCAUGACAUACGCCACGAUAAAGCAGCCCCACUGAAGCUGACAUGUUGCUGUCUUCAGGGGGAUGUGUGUGCGCUUAACAUGAGAUGACAUGAAAGAGGAAGGACGAUGCUUUGGAAGCGAUUCAAUAGGACGCGAAUGCUGUCCAAAUGCAUUUACGGUAUGGUUUUGCAUAAUUUUGAAAUGUAAGAAUUGACCUAGAAAUGGUAUUCCAUUUCACAAAUGGCGCACCAGCGCCGCGUGCUGAUUGGCAGGUUAUUUCGUGAGGUUUGUAAGCGAACGGUGAAUGUUUGCUAUUAUAGAGUACGAAGGAAAAACUAAGAAUAUUUUAAUCAUAAACUGUUUUCUUUAGUAUUUGAUCAGUCCGAAAUGGAUAAGCAGGUUCAUGAACUGUGUUCAUGAAUAUUCUGUUUUCAAAUCCAAACAUUUUGAUAGAUCCAUUCGUUCGUCUAAUAAUUGAUAAUAAAUCCUAGCAAUGUUUGAUUUACUAAGUCGAAAAAGGUAGAGUGAGUACAAAAUUAACAUCGUAAAUUUAGUUCAUAUUUUUGAGAUUGAUUUUCCAGCAUUAAAAUUCUAUUCUACAACGAGCACUAUCCUAAUUAUCGAGUUUUUUAAGCUAUAAUAAGCGUCCAAUAAGCACUCACUCAGUGGUUAGUUCGUAGUAUGCGAGAUAAAAGUUAUUAAAACUCCAUCCAAUAAGUUUUAAUUGCACUAGAUUACGGCAGGGAUUAGUAUGUAACAGGUGUACACUUUGGCGUACACGAUAGCAAAACAGGCGACCGCGUGCGGAACAUAUCGAAACUCAAAGCUACCUUUUGAUAAUCCAGCGGAAAGGUACACAAAAAAAAACAUCAUAAUAAUAGUAAUGUGGGAAAGCUACAGCAUCCUCUCCGCCGACACCAUUCGGGUGGCUUCAUUAAUCACUGCAGACCAUAGCUGAGGGAUCCGGAAAAACGGAUGGGGACGAUCGGGGCCUUUAUUUCCCUUAACUCUUGCAUCGGUCAACAUCGUCCUGAUCACUCGUUCGGCGAGUGGAUAACAGGGCAGGAUGUAUUUAUUUAUCGUGCACCAGCACUUUGCACUUUUACGCUCCCAAACAGACACACACACACACGACCGUCCGCUUUUCCUUCCCACGGUAUCAUUUUCCGAACGAUGCGAAACGCGAAAGGUCGUUGUUUAUAUUCAAUUUGGAGCGCUGAAUUAAAGCAGACGGCAAUUAGUGUGCAGCGCAUGUGAUGUUAAGAUGGAAGCGAUGGGGCAUAGGCGGCCAGGUUGGCUUCGCUGUAUGGAUGGAUCAUGUUAAAUUGACUCGAUGUUUACGUCGAGUUGCAGUCAACGAGCCAGAUGAUGGAAGACGUCGGAUAGGUUGGAGUAUGGAGACUGGCCUUGGUCAAAUCCCUAGCGCAAUACGAUAACGAGCCCGCGUGUAGCUGCACUGCUGCGGGUUUACAAAGUGCAUAAGCAGCCUCACGGAGCCCCAUUCAUCUCGCUUCCACUCACCGCACGUACGGCUGUUGAUAAUUUCCACCGGUGCAAAAGUGAGAAGCGACGGACACAGACGCAACAUUCAAUCAUUAACCUUUAGCAUCCUUCUAUCCAGCCACUGCAUAUUGGUGCACUAGUGCUAGAUCUACCGGUUGGGGUUGAGAACUUGAAGUACCCGUAGCGAUCCGAUCAACCUAGGAUCGUCGCUCUUCCUUGCAAAGACUCAGUGGUUUUAUUGCUCGUUAAUUAAUUUGCUCACAGCAAACUGGCGGACCCUCCAAACCAUCCUCCGCCCAACUGUAUUCGGUUAAUAUAUUGUUCGUUCCAUAUUUUUUCCCCUCUUCCCUCAACAGAACACCCCUUUUGCAGGUUCAAAGUUCAACCGGGAUCAAACGUGCGUGAGUGGCAAAAAGAAGCAAUGAAAUUGCCAGCAGUGGAAAGUCCAUAACGAAGCACGUCUCAAACACGAUUUUUGCUCGCCAAUUCAAUUCGCCAAAAAGGGAGCAACUUUUCCUUUUUGGCCAUCGCUACUGAGUUUAACAAAGCAGAAAAAGUACAUACCGUGCAUGAAAACUCCUACGAUGAAUGUCCGGGGACAGGUCCCAACCGUUGAAACGACCUGAAAUGAAAAACGAGGAAUAGUGUAAAUAAUUAAAAACGAUAAAUGACAAUUUGAAAAUAAUUACGUGCUGUAUUACGUGGGUGAAAAAAGGGCUUUCCAAGUGCAUCAGUGUACGUGUGCAUGUGUGUGUGUUUGUGUGUGCAUGGAAACAAAUUUGGAGUGUGGUUUAAAAGCUUAACUCGUGCAAACAGCGCAUAAAGGUGGCUGAUAUCGGAGUCGUGUCAUCAAAUAGAGAUAGUAAAGCAGAGACAAAAAAAAAAGGAUAUGAACGGACAAUAACCGCUGUGUACAUGUAUUAAACCAUUAAUCAACCGUAAAUCUUUUACGACCGCGAAUGUGAAUGUGAAACAAAGUGAGUGCGCGUACGAUCGAUUGAAGUGUGACAGAGAAUACAAUUAAUACAUAAGUUGUUCAGCGUGAUAUUAAUUCACAGCAAAUAUUUAAAAAAUCAAUGAAAUCAUAAUUAAAAGGAAAUUUAAAUCUUAUUCUGAAUAUCAAUGAAAUGAAAAGUCUAUAAAGAAACAAAAAAUAAUGAAUGUUCAAAUGAAAAAUGAUAACAAAACAGUUGUGAAUUGAUGUGAAGCAUGAAAACAAAAGUGAAAUAUUAAAGUUGUACAAUUUAUAACAUCAGAAAGAUAUAAAAGUAUUCCAAAAAUGGCAAACAAAAUGAAAAUAACAUAUAAAAUAUUGUGCAUGAAGUGAGCAAUAGAAAUAAGUGUAUUAAACGUAAAAAGAGAAAAUUCAAUAAACUAAAAAACUGAACCUAGCAACGGAAAAACGUAAAAGUUUUUAUCGAAAGGAUUGCAUCACCGGUUCGUCGAGGUGAACGUUGCAAAAAUGGAUUCUCGGAAGGCCACAGCACAACGCUCCACCGGGCGUUUUCUGCUGAUCCGCGUGGGAUCGAUAUUUUUAAUCGGGAUCAUCAUUUUCGUACCAGUGAUAGCGGCCCUGCGAGACGUUCAGGUACAGGUGGCACCCGCUGUGCGGCGGGGAGACACAGCCACCCUGCACUGCUACUACGACAUGGAUGGGGAAAGUUUGUACUCGGUUAAAUGGUACAAGGGACGGCGAGAGUUCUAUCGCUACACACCAAAGGAAAGCCCACCGAUGAAAAUUUUUCCCGCCCAGGGAGUUCAAGUUAAGCGUUCCGCUUCCAACGAAAGUCAACUGACGCUGCUGGGACUGUCCCUAUCAUCCUCCGGAAAGUAUAGCUGCGAAGUGUCUGCCGAUGCACCUUCCUUUCAUACCAUGAUUGUGACCGGUGAUCUGGAAGUAUGCGAGGUUCCGAAGCAUGUGCCCUCGAUACAUGGGAUGCGAUCGCGGUACCGAGUCGGGGACAUCGUACGCGGAAACUGCACAUCUCACAACUCGCGUCCACCGGCCAACCUCACCUGGUACAUCAACGAGGCACAGGCUAAUCCAUCCUACAUCCGCACACAUAAACCGUUCCGGGAGCGAAAGAACGAGUUCGAGACAUCGCUUGCCGGCAUACACUUCGUAGUGGGCAGCCAUCAUUUCGUGAACGGAAAGCUCAAGAUUCGUUGUACGGCCAGAAUACAUGACAUCUAUUUGCAGUCUACGGAACGUUCGAUCGAUGAGGAUCGACCACGCGUUAUUUCGGCCGCUUCGUCAGCAAACAGCAAUGGGAAUGGUGCCAAUGGGAAUGCUGUGCCAUAUGAUCAUUUUCCGCCUUACGCUGAGAAUGAGCUUGACCGAAAGGACUAUAUGACACAUCUUCAGGGAGAUAUGGCGUCUUCUGGGAGUGCUCCUGCUGCUCGCCCGAUUCUUCCAUCGGUAUCUCUCAACAGCGUCGAUCAUUUCCGGCUGACAUCCAUCAAUCAGCUCAGCUGGACGGUCGGUCCACUCACUGUACUGCUGCUGCCCCUUGCUCAUCCACUGCUCUGUUCGCUCAUCAACCGUCUAUCAGCGACACUGCGGGCAUGAUUUCGGCUGAACAACGAAUCACAACCUCCCGUGUUGGCGAUUCAGUGAUUUCCGUACCAUCGAGCGUAUAAUUUGUAGAUCAAACGGUGUGUACCAUCCGACCACCGUUCGGACACAACCGUACACAGAAGCUUCGACGCAUUUUCGAAGUGCCGUUUCGGUGUAGCUUAAUUCAUUCUUAAUUCAACGUCGUGUCGCUACCUGCCGGGAGACGCUGUGGAUGUAUCCCUUCAUACAGGUAUAAUAGAUUUAAUGUGGCUGAUAAAGCCGAAUGAACUAAAACCCAAAGAAGAGAAAAUCGGAAGAAAAUUUACGCUCUCCAAAUUGUAAAACAAAACAAAAACCAAAAAUGAUAUAUUCAAAAGACUUUGCUAAAGCAAACGCAAUGAGCCUCAACGAACUAACGAAUAGAGAGUCGAACGGCCAUGGGCCGGUAAAAGGAACACAAAGAAACAAAAAGGGGUAAGUACAGCGGUGUAAUGUGUAUUAGAAUGUUAAGGUAAUGGUCGUUGCUAUUGAUCGAAAACGGAGUCUAGCUAGUGUUAUUGCAUUGCUCAAUGAUGCAAUUGCGACAGACGGUGGUAGAUAAUACGGUGAGUGUCGCAAAACGGAAAAGGGAUUUCUAUUAGAGUUACUAAAUAGAAGGUAAAACCUUGUGAACAAUCUUCGCGAUCGCCGAGAUCUAGUUCUAAGCUCAGUAGUGCUCAUAAAAUAGGCCAUAUUAUGAAGCAAAUACGAGAUGAUGUAGCGAAAUGGAGACGGUUAUAGGUGUACGUGUUUGUGUGCAUUGUUCAGCAGCGUAUAAAUAUUGGUAAUUUAAGUUCAUUGAACAUUCGGGGUGUUUAUUUGCCCGUGUAAUAGCCUCCACCAUUUUGUUGUUCACAUUGCCUAACAUUAGGCCGCAUUUCGUGCCGCUUUUGUACUGUUUUAGAUCGAUUAAUUUGACGCUUUUUAGUUCGUAAGAAGGGUUUAUCUUAGAAACCAUUUAAAUUUUCCGCAAUAUGCACAGAAACAAAACAAUAGUAAACGAAUUUUCUUUAUAACAUCACAUUGGUUUUCAAAUUUUACGAAUUUUCUUUUUAUUGUACCACUAGACAAAGCAGUUUUUUACUGGAAAAAGAAAGUCAGAACCCUUCCAUCAUACUGUUUAAAAUUAUGCCGUUGUCUUUUUGAAGCUAAUGAGAACCCUUCUCAGAAAGCUCCCACAAAAAAACCUAACCGUAGGCGAACGAAAUCCGGUCAAGCAUUGCUUGCGUCAAAGUCUGGUGAGUUUGUUCAGUUUUAAUGGCUUUUUAAACCGCUCUUGUUUCCUAUACAUUAUGCAUCACGUUGUUAGACGAUUUUCAUUGUGUAAAUAAUUAGUGCAAAAUAAAAAGAAAAACUAAAUGCUAAGUGGGGUAGCGUUACUAAAGGGAUAUGAUAAAGUGACGCGUCGAACGAUAAAACAUUUAAGAAAAACUAACAACCACAGACAGCAGCAGGAGGGGAAGGAUUUGCUAACAAAAAAGUGCAUUUCCGUGUGGGAAAAUGUAUUCAAGGAUAUUUCAAAUGUAAGAUAUUUCCAGGCCGGGGGGAAAGGGAUGUUUCUGCUUAGAAGAUGAUUGUACGAUAGACAUGCACAUGUAAUAUGAAGGAUGAAGCUGUUAUAAUGAGGCACCAGGAGAUUUGACAAUCAACUGUCACUCUUGGGUCAGUUAUUGCAAAAACCAUUUUAAGUGUGAUAAGUGAUAAGUUGGCGAAGUAAAGCAUAAGCAGGAAUGGAUUCAAAUGAUAAAGCACAGACAAAAGUUACGAUUCCACAAUAAAGCCAGGAAGUUGAUCAACAUAGUACUCAGCUCCAGUACGUUCCGUAGGGAAAAUAUCUUCAUCCCUUGCACUACUGCACGCAAUCUUCAGCUGUCUGAGGAUGUUUGCAAAAAAAAAAAAACGGUCAGAAAUAUUAAUUCCAACGAGCUGAGAUGUAAAUUGUGCUGACUAAUUGAAUUGUGUACCGUUUGGAGAAAAAACGGGGGCAGCAGCUGGUGAAGAAUAAAAUCUUGAAGAAACGGAAAAAUAAUCAAA